AGGCUAAUGUGCUGCGAGUACCUGGGAGGGCUCGCCUCCUUUUGGGUCUUCUUUCUUCUCUAAGUUCGGUCCCGGAACCGUCUGGAGUUUCAGCGGGUGGUUCCGAAGCAUAAAGCUUCUCCCUUGCCCGGGAGCGGCAUAGCUUGCAAAGUCUUACCUGCUUGGUGAAGUUUAAAGAACAUUCCAGUGAUGGAGGGGGAGCAACAGCAAGAGACUGCUGCGGAAUCAGCACCUUCACCUGAUGUGCAGGGAGAUGGGCCAAAGGAUGCUUCAGACAUCGCACCAAAUAUUUCUGAUGCAGAUGCGUUAAAAAUACUUUUGGAGAUGAAGAUGAAGAAGAGACAGAAAACGCCUAGUCUUCCAAGCACAGUGACAGAACUAGCCACUGAAGAGGGCUCCAAAGUGUAUGUUGUUGGUACUGCCCACUUCAGUGAUAGCAGCAAAAGAGAUGUAGUAAAGACAAUACAAGAAGUGCAGCCUGAUGUAGUCGUGGUUGAGCUUUGCCAAUAUAGAGUUUCUAUGUUAAAAAUGGAUGAAAGGACAUUACUAAAGGAAGCCAAAGAAAUCAAUCUGGAGAAACUUCAGCAAGCUAUAAAGCAGAAUGGAGUUAUGUCUGGAUUGAUGCAAAUGCUACUGCUGAAGGUCUCUGCACAUAUCACGGAACAGCUGGGAAUGGCACCUGGAGGGGAGUUCAGAGAGGCUUUCAAAGAGGCUAGUAAAGUACCUUUCUGCAAAUUUCAUCUUGGGGACAGACCAAUCCCGGUCACGUUUAAGAGAGCCAUUGCUGCACUUUCUUUCUGGCAAAAGGUCAAACUGGCAUGGGGCCUCUGCUUCCUCUCUGACCCUAUCAGUAAAGAUGAUGUGGAGAAAUGUAAACAAAAGGAUUUGCUGGAGCAAAUGAUGGCGGAGAUGAUUGGAGAGUUUCCCGACCUUCAUCGAACAAUUGUCUCUGAACGAGAUAUUUACUUGACGUACAUGCUGAAACAAGCCGCAAAGCGAACCGAACUACCUUGUGCUUCUGAAGCUGAACCUGGAAGAUGUGUCCCUUCUGUUGUAGUUGGGGUGGUUGGAAUGGGUCACGUGCCCGGGAUUGAAAAGAACUGGAACACUGAUUUGAACAUCCAGGAAAUAAUGAGUGUGCCUCCUCCAUCAACCUCCAGUAAGAUCCUCAAGCUUGUUAUCAAGGCCACAGUAUUUGGACUAGUGGGCUACGGCUGCUAUAGGAUGGGACGAAGGACAGUUCGAUUUAUUCUCUCUACACCUGUUGCACAGAACUAUCUUCAGAAACUGGCAGAUGUAAAAUCUCAACAUUGAAUUGGGAGACUCCUCAACUCAUUGGAACAAAAUGCUACAUGCCUAAAACUGGACAAGAAAAACGACUGAGAAUUUCUGUCCCACUGUCUCAUCUGAUGCUGUGUUACAGCAUAACCAAUGGAUUAAUAUUAAAUGCUACACCAGCUGUGACCUAAAUGAAUAAGCAUUCACCCGCCAACUUGAUUAAAUGUGUGGCAUAGAAGUAUAUGCCAGUGUAAGGUACCUAAAGUAUGUACACAUAUAUAUCAUGCUAUUAUGUGUAUAUAGCAUAUUUAUAAAGAUAAUAUAGUACAUGGACAACACUGAGUAUCAUAUUCUUGGACACAAUCCACUGGAAACUUCCAGUGUGUAAGCACUGUUGAAAUUAAUGAGGUCUGUACAAGAAUGCAGUUCUUCGUUUGACUGAAACUUGCCCAGGAAGACUGCCUGGUGGAUUGUGUCCCUUGAUCUCUUUUUCCAGAGGAACAGGGCAACAACAUGCUAGCUUUGUUCCUAGUAGAAAGCACAGUGGCCCAUAAGGUAUGUGUGUUUUCGGUAUAUGUAAUACCAAGUUAUCCUUCCUGGUGCCAAGCACCUAUACAAUUACUUAGAAGGACCUCUUCUUACUGGAAGACUUUUAUACAUAGUGGCUUUUUUU